GUAAUCUUUCUAUUCAUCCAAGAGACCCAAGGGUCACGCCACUUGCUGGCAAAGAACAGUUAAUUUUGUAUAAUAAUGCCAUAUACCGAAGAUUACAUCCGAAAUAAGUUGAUAAAAGACCUGGACGCGGUACACGUGGAUCGGCAAAUUCUAUAGAAAAAACAAAAAAAAUAAUAAUGCAGGAAAAAAUACAAAUUUUUUGUGUGAUUAACGCGGCUCUUAUUUUACGAUGGUGUGUCACCUACCAUCCUUACAGUGGAGAAGGCAAACCUCCAAUGUACGGUGAUUACGAAGCACAACGACAUUGGCAAGAGAUAACAGUGAAUCUUCCUGUCGAGGAGUGGUACAAGAAUUCCACUAAAAAUAAUCUUGAAUAUUGGGGAUUAGAUUAUCCCCCAUUGACUGCAUAUCAUAGUUUUAUUUUAGGAAAACUAGCUGGAAAAUUAGAUCCAAAUUAUGUCGCUCUACACAAAUCACGUGGAUUCGAAUCAGUGGAUCAUAAAUAUUUUAUGCGACUCACUGUCUUCUUGGCGGAUAUUCUCACUUUUUUGCCAGGGAUUUUGUAUUUUAUUUACACCAUCGUGAGGAAAUCGAAAGAAUCACGGGGUGUUUACUAUUUUUGUGAGCGUGCUUCCCUUUUGGCUGUGAUUCUAUUCUAUCCGGGUUUAAUUUUAAUUGACUACGGUCACUUUCAGUAUAAUUGUGUUUCCCUGGGGGCAUUUGUCGCCGCCUGUGGGGCAAUUUUGAAUAAUUCUUUGAAUCUCGGUUCUUUUUUGUUUAUACUUGCGUUGAAUUAUAAACAAAUGGAAUUGUAUCACGCUCUUCCGUUUUUUGUCUAUAUUCUCGGGACGAAUACACCGAUUAAUAAACGAUUGUUUUCAAAGUGUUUGUUGAAUUUAUUUUACGUGGCGUGUACGGUGAUUGUGACUUUUCUUCUCGUUUGGUUUCCAUUCGUUUGGAAUGGAAGGACAUUUUUCAGUGUUAUCGUGAGAUUAUUUCCGCUGGCAAGAGGUGUGUUUGAGGAUAAAGUGGCGAAUAUUUGGUGUACAAUUAAUGUUGUGAUUAAAUUGAGGGAAUUGUUUGAGAAUAUACAAUUGGCGCAAAUUUGUCUUGUGACCACGACAAUUGCCCUAUUGCCAAGUUGUUUCGAUAUGUACUUUCGACCGUCGAGGGAAAAAUUCAUCAUUGCACAAAUUAAUUCUUCGCUGUCGUUCUUUCUUUUCUCGUAUCAAGUUCAUGAGAAAUCGAUACUUCUUGCGGCAAUUCCGGUCGCUUUGUACUUUCAAUACGAGCCGUUUGCUUGUUUUUGGUUUCUGUUAAUAUCGUCGUUUAGUAUGAUACCAUUAAUCAUUAAGGACGGUCUUCUCAUUGCAUUUUUCGCCUUGACGAUUUUCUUCGCCGUCUCAAUUUCAUGGCUUUGGUUCACUGAUUCGUAUUUUUCGAAUGAGACAAAUGAGGAGCAAAGUUUGAAAGUAAAGAAGGAAAAAACGAAAAGUAAAUCUUCGGGGAAGAAAGCAAAAACGAAAAAUCAGAAGGAAAGUGAAAAAGAAAAAAUUAGUUUAAAAGAGAAUUUAAUGUCAAUUAAUAUCAAACCUUUGUUAACUAUUAUUUUUUAUUUAUCAAUCGGGGGUUUUGUACUUUUAACAAUUUGCUGCAAAUUUGUUAUACCUCCGAAAAUUUAUCCGGAUUUGUUUCCACUAUUGUUGUCUGUUUAUUCAUGUGGACAUUUUAUUCUUUUUUGUUUGUACUUUAAUUACCGUCAGUUUACAAUGAAAACAAGGGCGGGUAAAUUAAAAUUCAACUAAUUAUUUAGAAUUUAAUUUUUACAUUUUGAAUGUAUUGAAUGAAAAAUGAAUUGUGUGAAACAUUCUCGUCUUGUGAAAAUUCCAUCGAGUGUAUAAAAUUGUAAAUUAUUUUUUCAUUUAUGAAAUUUGUAUAAUAAACUACAAUUUUAAUUAA